CCGCCUCCGGUCACCUGAGCGGCCCUUCCGCGGCGGCGGGGCCGGGCCGAGCCGCGGCCAUGCGGAUCGAGAAGUGCUACUUCUGCUCGGGCCCGAUCUACCCGGGCCACGGCGUCAUGUUCGUGCGCAACGACUGCAAGAUAUUUAGAUUCUGCAAAUCAAAAUGCCACAGAAACUUUAAAAGGAAGCGAAAUCCCAGAAAGAUGAGAUGGACCAAAGCAUUCCGGAAAGCAGCUGGCAAAGAAUUGACAGUGGAUAAUUCAUUUGAGUUUGAAAAACGUAGAAAUGAACCAGUGAAAUACCAGAGAGAGUUGUGGAACAAGACUGUUGAUGCAAUGAAGAGAGUGGAGGAAAUAAAGCAGAAACGCCAAGCCAGGUUUAUUAUGAACAGAUUAAAGAAGAGCAAAGAGUUGCAGAAGGCAGAAGACAUCAAAGAGGUCAAACAGAAUAUUCACCUUCUUCGUGCUCCCCAUGCAGGCAAACCAAAACAGCUGGAGGACAAAAUGGUGCAGAAACUACAAGAGGAGGUGCCUAUGGAAGAAGACUCUUAAAGUGCUUUCAUUUUCUAUUUAUAUCUGUUCAGCAGUUAACAGGUUCCUACUGCCUCACCUGACAUCAUUCAGAACUGUGCUUACAGUUGAAGAAAAAGACAUUUUAAUGAAUAGUGGUCAUUUACCAUUUGGUUUAUUUUUUGGUUUAUAAAAAAUAGUAAGUUGGAUACUGGUUUGGGCAGUUCUUAAAUUCGUGCAGUUUGAGAAAACCUUGUCAACAGGAUGGAACUCAAGGCAUUAUUGUUUGAGAUACUGUGUGCUCCUUGGAAAGUUACACUUUUUCCAGGUAAAUUUUCCCUCAUAAUUCAAGGAAUAAAAUAUGCUGGCCCUGAACUUU